GGGGCAACCGCUCUCCCUUUUACCUUUUAUUUCCCCAAUAACAAUAUUUUGGGCUUUCACUCACUGUCCAUGGAUUUGUACGGACAAAUUCUUCCAGAAUCACUCUCCGGGUUAGCUCUCUCUCUCUCUCUCUCUCUCUCUCUCUCUUCUUCCUCCUCCUUCUGUUUGGGCAGUCCGUUCUUGAUUAUUAAUCCUGAAAAAAAAAGUAAUAAUAAAUUUAGUUUUGAAAUUUUGUGUCCGCAAUGAAGAACAUCGAUGUUGAUAUUUGAAGAAAUUAAUGCAAGUGGGGGUUUUCUAGCUUUUGUGACUUCAGAAAUUUCAAAGGGAAGUUUGGAGGAUGAUGGUUAGAAAUUUAAUACAUUUCCUUUUCUUGAAUAUUUCGCUUCAACCUCUAUUAAUUUUUAAUGAAAGAAAAGCGAUCAGUUUGAAAUUUCUCGUGCUACUAGAAGUCUAGAAUACCACUGAGUGUUGGAAUUAAUGUUUCUUUUUCGGUCCUUCGAUCCCUUUAUCGGCGUUGCCAAGUGCGUAAAUGCAGAGAGGGUUUUAUCUAAUUUUCUCUGCUUAAUGCCUUAGCUGCUCUGGAUUCUCGAAGUUGAUGUUUUGUUCUUGCUCCUGAAAUUAGUGUAAAAAAAUAAAUUACAAUUGAUGAUUUUUUAAAUGGAUUUUCGUAUGGAAAAUAGGAAAAUUUUUCCCAGGAGAGAGAACAAAUAUUUACAGAUUGCAAUCUCUCUCCUCUGAUAUCCCCAAGAAUGUCUUGUUGAAUGUUAUAAAGUUAGGCCUAAGCCUAAAUAUCUAUUGCUUUUAUAUUGAGUUUGGAAAAUCGAAGUUUUUGCUUUUGAAAUUUUGGAAACACUUUUUUAGUCAAUAUAAAAAUUUAUUUUUAUAUGUCAUUAAUUUUUGAACAUUUUUUUCCAUAUAAAAGUCUAUCAGAAUAAUCUGAAAGUCAAAUUAAGAAUGAUCUGAUGAAUUUGGGAAAAAAAUAUCAUACAAAAAUUUAGAUUAGAGCGAUAAAAUACAUAUUUUCAAACAAAAUCUUAGGACUGUUGAAAGAUAUGACAGAAGGGUAGUAUAUAUAUAUAUAUAUAUAUAUGAACAAAAAUAUAAUAAAAAUUAUUAGUAUUAUACUUUGCCCUUUUAGCUUCUUUCUUAAGCAAAGAGCAUUCGAGAAGAGCAAUCUGUGGUUUCGCUGUGACGCGAGAGAGAACAUCUUGCAGACGUACAAAAAUGGCGAUGGAUAUGGAGAGCAGACGAAGUGCCUUUCGGAUUAAAAACUGUGCUUAUGAUCUGUUGUCAACUUGGGAGAAUCUGAUCAUGGAGGAUGAUGAUGAUUACGAUGAUGAUGAGUUGUGGGAUUGGAUGCAGAGGGAUCUUCGUCUCAAAUCAACCUUCUUCUACUCCGAUUUCCAUCGGAUGAUCUCUGCGGCGCCCCACGAUGAUCGGAAGGAAUCUCUCACACAACUCGCUAAUAAAUUGCUUUCCUCCAUACAGCAGUUGGAGGAAGCAGUAAGCGAUCGGAGCACUCAUUUAAUGCGAGACCGCUACGAUGGUGCUGCCGUUAUUCUAAAGGAGGUCAUGACUCUUGUGCCUCCGCCAUUUGAAGCUAUUGCGACUUCAAAUUGUGGUAAAGAAUAGACUUUGUAUAUGAAAUAGUUCAUAUUAUUUUGAGCUAUCAAAUUUUUGGGGAUUGAUGUAAGUUGGAGAAAAUUCUGAAUUUUAUUUUUCCAAAUACAAGUUAUAGUUGUAUAAUUGGGUAUUUCAUAGAAAAA